GUGACGUCACGACGCUGCUGUCGGGCCAAGAUGGCGGCGCUUCGGCCCCUCGCGCCGUAGGGGCGGGCGGGGGGCGGAGAGGAGCUCCGAGGUGAGCCGACCAUGGAGGGCUCCUUCGUACAGCACAGCGUGCGUGUUCUGCAGGAACUCAACAAACAGCGGGAGAGUGGGCAUUUCUGUGAUGCCACCCUGGCAGUGGGCAGCUUGGUGUUCAAGGCACACUGGAGUGUCCUGGCGUGCUGCAGCUCCUUCUUCCAGGGCAUGUAUGAUGGUGCUUCCAGCAAAAUCAUCCUCCCAGAGACCUUUGUGGAGAUCUUCGCACUGUUGCUUGACUACUUCUAUACGGGGCACUUGGCAAUUACCCCAGAAAACUGGGAGAAGCUUCUUGAGGCUGCCAAGGAGCUCUGUGUCCCUGAGGCAAUUAAGCUGUGCCAGGAAUUCCAGCCUGGACGUUUGGAUGAUGGAGAUCAAAAUAGCCAGGUUUCACUUGGAAAAGACCUUGGUGUCUGCUCCAAAGCACUGGUGGACGCACAGGGAGAACCUGUCCUUGACUCCGUGCCCCAAAGUAACUCAGUCCAGGAAGCUCACCAGAGCCCCUGUAUCUGGGGAAACAAAGUGUCCCAGGGACAAAGAGAGAGCCCUUGUCUCCUUCGAGGAAGGUUGAAAAGGGCUCCCAAAACAAACACACUGAGUGAUGCAGGUGAAGUAAAGAACACCCUGGAAUGUAAGGAACUAAGGCCACUGAAAAGAGGAGCUACCGAGGACGCAGGCGCCAGUAUUGAGCAGGAAGCAGAGAAGGUCCUGGUUUCAAAUGACCUUCCUGCUGAAGAUGGUGGAGGAGGAAAAAGGAACAAGGAGACAGAUGAGGAUUAUAUCCCUGGGAAGAAGAGCAUGAGGUCCAAAAGGAGAGCUCACUUGGCCAGGAACUCCAGUGGCUCCAAGGCCACCGGGAAUGGCAACCUGUUGGAAACGGGGGCUCUGCGAAGCCGCCGAGGCACAGCUGAUCCAGUUGAAUGCCCCACCUGCCAUAAAUCAUUCCUCAGCAAAUAUUAUCUCAAAGUGCACAACAGGAAGCACACUGGAGAGAAACCCUUUGAAUGCUCGAAGUGUGGGAAGUGCUACUUUCGGAAAGAAAACCUUUUGGAGCAUGAAGCCCGGAACUGUAUGAGCCGUUCGGAGCAGGUUUUCACGUGUUCGGUCUGUCAGGAGGUCUUCAAGAGGCGGAUGGAGCUGCGGCUGCACAUGGUGUCCCACACCGGAGAGAUGCCUUACAAGUGCUCAUCCUGCCUCCAGCAGUUCAUGCAGAAGAAGGACCUGCAGAGCCACUUGAUAAAGCUGCAUGGCGCCCCCAAGCCGCACGCGUGCCCAGCAUGUUCCAAGUGCUUCUUGUCUCGGACGGAGCUGCACCUCCACGAGGCCUUCAAGCACCGCGGGGAGAAGCUUUUUGUCUGCGAGGAGUGUGGCCACCGGGCCUCAAGUCGCAACGGCCUGCAGAUGCACGUCAAGGCCAAGCACAGGAAUGAGCGGCCCUAUGUGUGUGAAUUCUGCCAGCAUGCCUUUACCCAGAAGGCCAACCUUAACAUGCAUCUUCGGACCCACACGGGAGAGAAGCCCUUCCAGUGCCACCUCUGUGGCAAAACAUUCCGCACGCAAGCCAGCCUGGAUAAGCACAACCGGACCCACACGGGGGAGCGCCCCUUCAGCUGUGAGUUCUGUGACCAGAGGUUCACCGAGCGAGGCCCGCUGCUGAGGCACGUGGCCAGCCGGCAUCAGGAAGGGAGGCCCCACUUUUGCCAGAUCUGUGGGAAGACUUUCAAAGCUGUGGAGCAGCUGCGCGUCCACGUUCGCAGGCACAAAGGUGUGAGGAAGUUUGAAUGCAUGGAAUGUGGCUACAAGUUCACCCGGCAGGCCCAUUUGAGGCGCCACAUGGAAAUCCACGACCGGGUCGAGAACUACAACCCCCGUCAGAGGAAGCUGCGGAACCUGGUAAUUGAAGACGAGAAGGCGGUGGUUGUUGCCCUGCAGCCGCCCCACAUCCUGGAGGUGGGCUCUGCGGAAGUCAUUGUGGAAUCCCUUGCCCACAGUUCCCUGCGCGAGGAGCUCCCGGAACAGAGACUUUGCCCCAAUGAGAAUUUUACAUCCCCAGAAGUCAUUGAACAAUCGCUUAUCAUCACCAUCCCUGAUGACUGUGAAACGUAGCAUUGUGUCCCUGUAAAGCCCAGUGCCCAAGAAAGGUAAGCGGAGUUCCAUCUUCUUGUGGCCCAUCCGUGACUCUAGCCAGCACAAUGAGCUCUUGUGAAUUCAAGGGAGGGACAGACAGGUAACUCGCAAGGUCCUGCUUCUUUCUCCCAGUGAGCUGUUUCAGCAAGGAGAAAAGGGCUUGUGCACACGGCAAGACCUGUUCUCGGAGAUGUUCCUGUGGAUGCAGGAAGGAAUUGAAGGCAGGAGCAUAAACUCUCGCUUUGCAUACAGAAAGUCUCGCGUUUAGGUCUGGCAUCUCCAGAUAAGGUUGGAAAAUCCUCUCUGAAACCUUGGAGAACUGUUCUCAGUCCGCAAAGGCAACCUGAAGCGCCCCCCCCCCCGCCCCAAUGUAUUGGACUACUAAAGAGGGGAGGUCUCUUCUGUGCAGAACCCCCUUCCAGAGAGGCUCACCUGGCACUUGCAUGGUCAUCUUGGACCGAGGAGAAAGAGGGCUUUGUUAGUUGCCAGGCUUCCUGGUCAUUCAGUAUUGGUGCAUUUUUAGAUUGUUGCACUGCUCUCCAUUUUAUUUUUUAUAGGUUUGAAUAUUAUGGCUUAUUCUAUUAUGGUUUUGAUUUUUCUUUUGCGAGUGCCCAAACAACUUUGUUGGACAGCAAGCAGUAUAAAUAAAAUAUAAAUCCUGUUUUCUCUGUCCGCUCACCAGG